AGACGACGUCGACGAGGAAGAAGAGGAAAUAAUAAUAAACGUAUAUAGCGAUUUUCAAAUACUCAAAAGUAUUAUUAACAUUAAUAAUAAUAAUGGCAGAUAUAACGGGGGCCGCUUCAAAAUAUUCUUGUCUCGCUGAGUUUGAGGCGCAUCUGCAUUCGUACGAGGACAAAACCAAGACUAAAUUUGUUGUUUUAAAGAGUGACAAACUGUUUGGAAAAACUGAAUUCAGUGCAACGGGAAAGGCUGUCCACUGGCAGCUAAAGACGGUCCCAUUUGAUGGCACGCCCUUAGUUGUGCUUGGCACAAAAACGUUCAUAUGCCACCAGGGGCGAGAUAAACAUGCCGCAGAUAAAAGAAAGCGAGAGGAGAAAAUGGCAAAGCAUCACAAAGAAGACCAUAUGUUUACGGAGACCAGGCAGUUGAUGCAGACCACAAAAAAAACUGGUUGUCCUGCAGCCAUAUAUGCAGUGCAUAUAUGUAGAUUUCCUGAUUAUAAGAUAAAUAAGGACACCCCAUAUCAGAGGCGAGAAAACUCGGCAGCUGUGAGAAAAGCGCUAAAAGAAGACCCAUCACAUGUGGAAACAGAGCAGAUGUUCGCUGCUUAUUUCCCACAUGUGACAGAGCAUAAAAACCACCCCAUUGUUGGAAAGGCAGAAGAAGUGCGUGAGCCCAUUGAUGGUAAAGAUUGUGUUGUGGAUGCUGUUCUUCCAGACAAACAACAAGCAGCAAUGUGGAGAUCAUGCACAGAGCUGUGUGACCUUGUGGAGUCAUGGAAGCAAGAGGGAUGUGCUAUUGAGUACAGACCCUCUCAGAACAGGGAUGACGGCACUGUUGAGAAGUUGCUCCUCUGUUUGCAGACCCCAUGGCAGAGGAGGCUUUUGGUGUUGUAUGGGCAACAAAUGUGCUUGCUUGAUGCAGCGUAUCGUACAUGCAGGUAUUCGUUACCCCUCUUCUUCCUCUGUGUGAGGACUAAUGUAAAUUACAUUGUGGUUGGAGUCUUCGUCACACAGUCUGAAAUGAAGGAGGACAUCAGAGAGGCAUUGGAGGUGUUCAAAAAGUGGAAUGCAGACUGGAAUCCAUCCCACUUCAUGGUUGAUUUCUGUGAGGCAGACAUUGGAGCUCUCAAAGAGGUGUUCAUGGAUUCUAAAGUGAUCCUCUGCGAUUUUCACCGGGAGAAAGCGUGGAUAGAAUGGACAAGAAAAAAGGAUCAUGGAGUGACGUGUGAGGAGGAAGUUUUGAACAUGCUUCGGGCCAUUGCGGACUCUGGGACAGCUGAAGAAUUUGAAAACAGUACCCUAUUCCUCAAACAACACCCUGCUUGGCAGACAGACGAGCGGCUGAGAGAAUGGUUCCACACCACAUGGCUUUGCCAAGCAGAGAGAUGGGUUAAUGCAUUCAAGAAGGAAGAUCUGAGGGUGGCUGUCUACGCAAACAGUGGAGUUGAGAGACUAAAUGCAACACUCAAACACUCGUACCUUGAGGGCUACAAGAACUGCAGUCUCAGUGACACCAUCACUGUGAUUGUGCAGGAUUUCCUUCCAAGAUCUUAUGAAAGAUACAUUGAAUUGAAUGCCAAAUGUUCAAGUGGCUACCAGGUAUACAGCCAAAAUGUGCCGCCGUACCUCAGAGACAAACCAAAAAUUGUGGCUGAGCACAUCAUGACCAGGCACCAGGAGUCACUGAUAUUCACAGAGGGCCAAGUAACAUCUGCAGGGGAGGCUAGCUUCAAAGUCAACAGUCAGAUACCACCACAACAGUGCACUGUGUAUUUUGGAUCCGAGAGUCGGAUGCCAUCAUGUACAUGUAAAGACUGGCAUAAAAACCUGCUCCCAUGUAAGCACUUUUGUGCCGUGUUCAACCUGGUACCUGGCUCGAGUUGGGAUAGUUUCUGCCUCACAUACAGAGAGAACCCUCUGUUUGCGCUCGAUGAGGUGUGCCUAGGGCAGUCUGUUAACGGCUCAGAUACCUCUAUGCCAUCAUAUUCUGGCUGCCACUCAACAGAGACCGAACCCUCCGUCUCCAAGCAACAAAACCAAGCAGGCUGCCGCUCUCCAGAAUCAUCCUCCAGCUCCACAGUCCUCACCAGCCCCAGAACAAAAGCACGGAAGCGCCAGAAGUGCCGUAGUCUGUUACAACAAUUAGCAGACAAGAUCUACCACCUCCAAGACGAAAGCUACAUGGACAGGAUGAUAGAGGAAUUAGAGGACGUUCUGGAGAACGUCAGACAACAUACUCCACACGAUGGCCCCCUUGCCAUGUUGUAUACACCCCCUCUGAAAAAAUGCCGGCAAAAACUGCGAUCCUCUGGCAGAGUUGGCCGUCGUGCAGAGAUGGCCAGAAAGAUGCAUAAAUCAGUUAAUCUGUUACAGCCUGUCAAAAGCUUAAAGUCCAACUUGCUGUCCUGCGGCCAUAUGUAAGACGUUUCUUGUGUUCUUGUUUUAUUAUUGUCAUGUUGACGAUGGUGGUGGUGGUGGUGGGGGCUAUAUAAUUAAAGAUAAAAAAACUUAUUGAAUAUUGUUGCUGUAUUGUAAUGUCUGUCUGAAUUACUUUUAAGUACUUUCCAUAUGUACUAUAAACUUUGCAUCCUCUUAGAAUACACAUGAAGAGGAACAUAAGCAAUAGUAGCCUAUAUGGCUACAAAAUGGAAAAAAAAGAGAGAACAUUAACAAAAAUCGGUGCACUUGA